AGAGAGAGAGAGAGAGAGAGAGAGAGAGAGAGAGAGAGAGACGUAUUAACUCCACCACAGUAAGACGCUCCCUGAGUUCGGAUAUAAUUACACUUUAACUCCACAUUCAGCAGAAUAAUGAGAUGAACACAGCAGUGAAAGGGCAGUCUGACUAAUGUGGAGUUAAAAUACUUCAGUGUCGAGUAUUAUGAAGAGAAUGGUGAAGAACUGCAGACCGAUACACAAUGACCCGGUUCUCUAGAGCGUUAUAAUGACCACCUGGUUUCUGGCACUUGCAGGUUCUCGAUUCAGCCUCAUCGAUUAAAAGGACAAUGUUUCACACACCGGAGCUGAAUCUGUGACGUUGUUGGACAUCUCGACAUUUUACGUUUGAAUACAGAAACGAUUUGUUUUGGAACACGAUGUCACACCACAACAUAAACAAGUGCUCUGUGAGCAUCCCGGAGGACCACAGACCUUCUGUGAGAGCACACGAUGUGACGACAGUUCGACCGCAUGGGUUUUCAUGCAUCCCACAGUUUCUGAGGCUGUCCUUCUCGCCCGCGUCCCUUGAGAAGGUGUACCAGACGUACUUCCGGCGCCAGCGGCAGGAGACGCUGCUCGUCCUUGUGGUCUUUGCAGCACUUUUUAACUGCUACGUGAUCGUGAUGUGUGCCGUCAUGUACACGGGGGAUAAGAAGGCGACGGUAGCGGCGGCAGGGGCAGGGCUUGGGGCAGAUGUGGUGCUCUAUGUGUUCUGCAGGUUCUGUGUGCUGCCGGAGGCCUUGAAGCGUCACGCCGUGCCGUUCAUGCUGUGGAUCCUCAUCUCUCUACACGUGCUCUUUUACGUAGGAUUUAACUUUGCCGGGUUUAAUGAGGCGAGCGAUGCGGUCGGGUGGCAGACCUUCUUCACCUUCUCACUGUUCCUCACCAUGCCGCUGCCACUCACACACAUCCUCAUACUGGCAGCCAUCACAUGCAGCGUCCACACGGCCCUGCUCGCCAUCGCCAUCACACUGAGGUGGCAGGUGAACCUACAGAGCUCUGUACUGGCUCGACAGCUAGUGGCUAACGUGAUGCUGUACCUGGGGGCCGUGGUGGUGGGUGUGAUGGCAUAUUUCAUGGCAGAUCGUAAAUAUCGCACAGCCUUUCUGGAAGCUAAACAAUCACUGGAGGUUCGACUCACACUGGAGGAACAGAGCCAGCAACAGGAGGAGCUGCUGUUGUCCAUUUUGCCGAAGCACAUUGCUGAUGAGAUGCUGCAGGGAAUGAAGAAGGAAGCGAAUCAGAAAUCUGAGGCACAACAAUUCAACACAAUGUACAUGUACCGACAUGAGAAUGUCAGUAUCCUCUUUGCUGAUAUUGUAGGCUUUACUCAGUUGUCGUCAGCCUGUAGUGCUCAAGAACUUGUCAAGCUCCUUAAUGAACUCUUCGCCCGCUUCGACAAACUCGCUGCUCAACAUCACCAGUUGCGUAUUAAGAUCCUGGGUGAUUGUUAUUACUGUAUAUGUGGAUUACCGGAUUACCGUGAAGAUCACGCAGCCUGUUCCAUCAUGAUGGGCCUCGCCAUGGUGAAGGCCAUCUCGUAUGUGCGUGAAAAGACUCAGACGGAGGUGGACAUGCGUGUGGGCGUGCACACUGGGACAGUACUGGGCGGAGUUUUAGGCCAGAAACGUUGGCAGUUUGAUGUCUGGUCCACUGAUGUCACCGUAGCUAACAAGAUGGAGUCUGGUGGAAUCCCAGGUCGUGUACACAUCUCACAGGCAACAAUGGACUGUCUUCAUGGAGAGUUCGAGCUGGAGCCAGGGAAUGGAGGAGAGCGCUGUGAGUACCUGAUGGAGAAAGGUAUCGAUACCUACCUGGUGAUUGUUCCCAAGGAAACAGACACAGUGGGCGGAGUCAGCAACGGCUGGACAGGUGGUGUACUAACCAAUGGGAACUCUGCUCCGCUCAUCGCCACAACAGAGACAACAGGCAGUGUGUGUUCCGUCCACAUCAUCGAUAAUGACACAGGCAAAGAAAACAUACAGAAGCUGCACUUGAGCAGGCUGUCGGUUGGAGACGUGGAAAACCAGCAGGAACUAAACAGACUGCUGGGCAAAAUUCUACUGGAGCGAGAGUCAGAGAAGAUGAUGAAGGAGAAGAGCACCACUGCUCUGUCUCUUCACUUUAAGGAUUCGGAUCUCGAGUCUCGUUACUCUGCAGAAAAAGAACCCCAGACCGGCAUCGCAUUCAGCUGCAGUUGCGUCGUUCUUCUCUUCACCUCCGCCAUGGAAGUUUUAAUUGAUCCACAGCUGAUGGUAAACUAUGUAACGCUGGCAGUGGGUGAAGUGCUGCUCCUCAUCCUCACCAUCUGCUCCCUGGCAGCCAUUUUCCCAGGGGUACAGAACAGAAAUGAUAUUUUGUUUUCAGAGAAGCUGGUGUCGUUCUCGAUGUGGCUCGAUCGGACACGCUGGGCGAGGAACACCUGGGCGAUGGCAGCCAUCUUUGUUCUGGCCAUGGCUGAGGUGGCUGACAUGCUGAGCUGUCAGCCCUCAGUCAUUCUACUCAACACCACUUCAGGUUUAACGCUCAGGUUUCUGGGUGAUGGUGGUUGUGUUGAAAACCCACAACACUACAGCUUCAUGGCUGUGCUGUCGCUCGUGGCAACCAUGAUGCUCAUUCAGGUCAGUCACCUUGUAAAGCUCGCGCUAAUGGUGCUGAUCUCCGUGGCAACUGCAAUAGUGGACAUCUACAGCUGGAGCACCAUUUACGAAAUAUAUGACAUCGUACGCUUCAUGAACAACAGGUAUGACCUGGUUCCUUCCAAAUACCUGAUGACAGUGAUGAUCAUUGUGAUGAUGAUUAGCUUCUACUACUUUGCUCGGCAUGUAGAACGUCAGUCUCGUAAGUUGUUUGUGUGGAAGAUUGAGGUUCAUGAGCAGAAGGAGCGAGUGUAUGAGAUGAGGACAUAUAACGAGGCUCUGGUCACUAACAUGCUGCCAGAACACGUAGCCAAACACUUUCUGGGGUCCAAGAAACGAGAUGAGGAGCUGUACAGCCAGUCGUAUGAUGAGAUUGGUGUGAUGUUUGCAUCCAUCCCAAAUUUCUCGGAUUUCUACACAGAGGAGAGCAUCAACAACGGCGGCAUUGAGUGUCUGCGCAUCCUUAAUGAGAUCAUCUCCGACUUCGACACAUUGUUGGACCGGGCUGAAUUUCUCUGCAUCACUAAAAUAAAGACAAUCGGCAGCACGUACAUGGCGGCUUCAGGAGUGACACCAGAGAGCAACACUAAUGGCUACAGCAGCCGAAAGAAGGAGGAUCAGUGUAUUCUGGAACGUUGGCAGCAUUUAGCUGAUUUGGCAGAUUUCGCUCUGGCGAUGAAAGUCACACUGAACAACCUCAACAAACAGAGUUUCAAUAGCUUCAUGCUGCGCAUUGGAUUGAACAUGGGUGGUGUGUUAGCCGGUGUGAUUGGAGCACGGAAGCCUCACUAUGAUAUUUGGGGAAACACUGUGAAUGUGGCCAGUCGCAUGGAGUCCACCGGAGUUAUGGGUAAUAUCCAGGUUGUGGAGGACUGCUAUAAGAUCCUUAGGGAGUAUGGGUUCCGCUUCGUACGCAGAGGACCCAUCUACGUGAAGGGAAAAGGAGAACUGCUCACUUACUUCAUGAAGGGAAAAGACAAGCUGCUGCUCACAAACGGCACAACCACAAUCCCACCCCUCCCUCACCAGAUACCCCCCAACUGAACACACACACACACACACACACACACACACACACACACA